AUGGGUGGCCAGAAGGCGUCAUCUGCGAAGGACAAGUUUUCUCGUUGGUUUAAGAACAAGAAGAAGAGCCCAAGCGAGAAAAAUGUUGGUCCUCCGCGCAAAAGCAAGGGCAAAGGAAAAGGAAAGGACCAAGGAAAAGACAAAGGGAAGAGUGGGAAAGGCAAAGGCAAGGGUAAAGUGGGCGAGAGUGAGAGAACUCCACAUGCAAGCCGUCCUUCGUUGAACUUGACUCCGGAUGACAUGGGGAAGGCUGGCGUGAGUGAUGGCUUGAUCCACAAGCUGAUGGCCACCAAGCAGCGUUUGUUGGCAGGCAACGCAGAGGCUGCCCGUGCUGGAGCUGCUCGUGCCGAGCCCGGUGCAUGGAUGGCGGCCAACGCCGAAAAAAACGCCCGAAAGAAAGGCGAUGGAAAGGGGAAAACUGGAAAAAAAGGGAAAGAUGGAAAAGAGAGCCAGUUCGUGCCAGUGGUGAGGGAAGAGCUUGUAGCUCUCAAUAGGCAGAUUGCUUCCCAUGCGCAGGCAAGGGAUUUAGCCGCUGCCCGUUCCGUUCUACAAACAUUGGAGUCGAAGGGUUGGGCCAAUGGGCACACCUACGCGGCUGCAGUCCAUGCGCUCUGUCGCUGCGGGGAUUGGCGCUCGGCUGAGGAAGCCUUGGCACGAGCCGAGAAAGCAGGCCUUUUUAAUCGUGGCGCUGGUGCAGCAUCUGGUCUGAUUACAAGAACGUCCAUGAUUCGUGGCUAUGUUGAGUGUGCACGAGAUCUCGGCAAAGCCCGGGAGUUGCUGGAACGCAUGGAAAAGGAGAAGGUCUUGGCCUCAAAACCAAAUGUGAGAACUGCAAACACCUUUCUACGUGGCUGUUUGAUCUUGGGCUCAGUGAAUGAUGCUGAAACCUUGUUGGAACGGAUGACAACUGUUUGGGCUGCCCAAGAAGAUUGGUACAAGACCCAUGGUGGAAAACCUGAUGCUUCGACCUACGAGUUGGUUGUGUCGCUACUUUGCCAAGCGUUGCGGUAUACAGAUGCUCGCCAAGUCGCUCUUCAAGGAAUCAAAGAAUUGGGCGCCAGUCCGGGCUCUGCGGCCAUGUUUGCUUCCAUUGCACGUGCAGCCAUCAUUUGUGGCAAUGAAGAUGCAGCUGCCCUCAACUUGAAACGUGCACGGAAGAUCCUCUCGCAGGAGGCAGACUUUUCAGAAGCCAAACUUUCCAGUGUGGCUGGCAGUGGAGGGAAGAGGGGCACCCAGAAGUGGAACCGCGACGAGGAGAAAGAUGCCUCCGUGGCAGAUCGAAAAGCCGCGAGGGCGCGCAGCCUGGAGGUUUUUCAAAGUCACCGGCAGCGUGAGAUUCUCUCAGAUAUCAAAGAAGUUGAAGAGUUCAUGGCUAAGCAUCAAGUGCCGUCAGAGAGCUCCAAGAAAAGAAAGAAAGCAGAGGUGGCAAAGAAUCCACUUCAUGCUGGCAUUGAUUUGGAGAACUUGUACAUGAGGACCUUGUGCUUCGAAGAUUAUGGCGACAGUGAGGAGAGUGACUCCUCCAGCUUAGCGGCCCAAAUGUGCCGCAGGCUUUGUCAGAAAUUUGGGCUGGAGAGCGACGGCCCCAUGGCGCAGACGGUCUUGCAACACUUUUGCACUGUCCUUGAGCCGCCAAAGAAAAAGCGAAAGAGGGAUGACCAGAAGAAACCGCCAAGCGGAAGCCCGAGGCUUGAUCUUCGAAGACUCUUUGCUUCGAGCGUUGCAAAAAGCUCAGAAAGCCCACUGCAUCUGGAAAUCUGCAGCGGAUCCGGAGAAUGGCUAUCCUCACAGGCACUGCGGGAUCCCAAUACCAACUGGAUGGCCUGCGAGCUGCGCUUCGACCGCUCUGCACGAUGUUUUCAACGAUUUGCCCUUCGAGAGCUGACUCAGGCAGCCAACGUGGGGAUCAUCGUAGGAGAUGCGCAGAAUGCCUUGGAGAAUCAUUUGAAGAAAGGCUGUUGCUCCAAGAUCUUCAUCAAUCAUCCGGAGCCACCACACCAGACGGACUUGGAUAAAGCUGUGGAACUCGACACAUCUGGUGAAACGGGCACGGAAGCGACACAUUUGCUGACCCUUCACUUCCUACAAAACUCUUGUGCAGCGGUUCUACAAGAUGAGGGACUUCUCACCAUUUGCACCGACAACCUGGGAUAUGGUGAGUGGCUGUUGAACGCCUUUGCUUCCGAACCUUUGAGCAAGCUCUUUCAAGAUGCUCUGAAAGGUAAAGCUGGCAAAGCUGGGCGCAUUUCCGGCCCCAAAUCGGGCAUCAGCCUUCGGAACGAGGCACCGCCCGUGGAGAUCUGCGGAGCGGUGUACCGCACCAAAGGUGCUGGGGGCUCCUACUUCCAACGCUUAAAGGAGAGCGAAAAGGGCUCCAGAGGGGAUGGUGCUGCUGAGGAAAGAUACUACCUGUGUUUGAAAAAGAGGAGCCGCCUGAGUGGCGAAGCCUCGUGA